AUGCCCCAGGGUCCAGAGGCGCCGGCCUCGCCCCCGUGGGCCUCGGAUUCCAGCGCUCCGGGUCAGGGUCCGGGUCCCGGCGCGCCGGGGCCCGCCGUCUGCCCGCGGCCCCAGCCCCCCGCCCCGGCGGCCCCCGAGGCCCCGGCCCCCCGACGGGGCGCGCGCUGCGCCAGCGUCCCCCAGAAGCUGGCCGAGGCGCUGAGCAGCCAGUACGGGCUGAACGUGUUCGUGGCGGGGCUGCUGCUCCUGCUGGCCUGGGCCGUGCACGCCGCGGGCGUGGGCAAGAGCCUCCUGCUCUGCUUCCUCACGGCGCUCAUGCUGCUGCAGCUGCUCUGGAUGCUGUGGUACGUGGGGCGCAGCGCCGCGCAGCGCCCCCUCUUCCGCCAGAAGGACACGCAGGCCGGCGCGCGCUGGCUCCGCGGUAGUAUCACGUUGUUUGCCGCCAUCACCAUCAUUCUGGGAUGUUUUAAAAUUGGGUACUUCGUUGGAUUUUCUGAAUGUUUAUCAGCCACAGAAGGAGUUUUCCCUGUCACUCACGCAGUGCAUACGCUGUUGCAGGUGUACUUCCUGUGGGGGCACGCCAAGGACGUCAUCCAGUCGUUCAAAACCCUGGAAAGGUUUGGGGUGAUCCACUCGGUCUUCACCAACCUGCUUCUGUGGGCCAAUAGUGUCCUGAACGAGUCGAAGCACCAGCUCAACGAACACAAGGAGCGGCUCAUCACGCUGGGCUUUGGGAACAUAACCAUCGUUCUGGAUGACCACACGCCUCCGUGCAACUGCACCCCCCCGACGCUCUGCUCCGCCAUCUCCCACGGGAUCUACUACCUCUACCCCUUCAACAUAGAGUACCAGAUCCUCGCCUCCACCAUGCUCUACGUCCUGUGGAAGAACAUCGGGCGCAAGGUGGACAGCCACCAGCCCCCCAAGAUGCAGCUCAAGUUCCACGGGGUUGUGGUGGGCUCGGCGCUGGGCCUGACCGUGCUGGCCGCCACCAUCGGGGUGGUGGUGGUGUAUCUGGUUCAGAUCGGCCGCUCCAAGACCAGGAGCGAGUCGGCGCUCACCAUGUUCUACCUGUACGCCAUCGCCUUGCUGGCGCUCAUGGGGGCCGCGGGGCUGCUGGGAAUCUGCAUUUACAGGAUAGACGAGAAAUCCCUCGACGAGUCCAAAAACCCGGCCCGCAAACUGGACACCGAGCUCCUGGUGGGCACCGCCUCCGGCUCCUGGCUCAUCUCCUGGGGCUCCCUCCUGGCCAUCUUCUGCGCCGAGGCCUGCCCCCCGUACACCUGGUACAACCUGCCCUACUCCAUCCUGGUGAUUGUCGAGAAAUACAUCCAGAACGUCUUCAUCAUCGAGUCCACGCACCGGGAGCCCGAGAAGCUUUGCCAGGACAUCAGGACCCUGCGGGUGGUCACAGUCUGCAAUGGCGCGUCAUCCUCCGCGCCCUCCGGCCCCAAGGGCGGGGCAGUGGCCCAGGACACGGUCCCCUGGGACAGCCGGGUGCCGCUCGCGGGCCGUGGGAAUCUGUGUCUGAGGGAAGGUGGCGGCGAAGAAGAGGAGGAGAGGGCCAGGGAAGGGGCCCCGGGCCCAGCCUGCCACCCCCGGUUCCUCCGGGGCAACGCCAAGAGAACAGUCUUGAGGAAUAUUGCAGCCUUUUUGUUCCUCUGCAAUAUCUCGCUUUGGAUACCUCCUGCCUUCGGCUGCCGCCCCGAGUAUGACAACGGGUUGGAGGAGAUUGUCUUUGGCUUUGAACCCUGGAUAAUCGUGGUCAACCUGGCCAUGCCUUUCUCUAUUUUCUACCGAAUGCAUGCAGCUGCCUCCCUCUUUGAGGUCUAUUGUAAGAUCUAGCCUGGCUCCACAUGAAAGACACGGAGGGAGAGCGUGAGGAUCCUUUGGUGCCACCUGGGCACAGCCAGGCUGGGUAAACACCGGCCUGCACGCUGGUGAGGGCCCUUUGUCCGUGGUCAUUGUUGCCCAUCGCGCCGGAUGAAGGUAAACACGGUCUGGCCAGGUCGAUGGGGGCUGAAGUCUGUCCUGGGCUCGUUCAUUCUCAUCCAGCCCAGAGGAAAGAAUCUGAUCCCAGGCUGGAAAAAAAACUGGCCCAGAGUGUUUUUCACGGAAACCGUUUUCUGUCCCACGUUCCAGGCUGCGCACAGCAGCCCCCUGACCAUUCCUGCAGCAGCCCCCUGACCAUUCCUGCAGCAGCCCCCUGACCAUUCCUGCAGCAGCCCCCUUGAGCUGACCCGUCCUGCCUCUGAUCCAUGCAGAUCUGAUCCCAUUUUGUUUAUCCUAUACUUGGUGACUCUGUUUAAUUUCUGGAGCAAAGUUAUUUUUAUUUUCUGGAGAUGCAAGUGUGUGUACAGAUCAAUAUAACGACAUUUCUUUCCUGCUAUUUGGGCACCUUUUGGGUUGUGAUU